AUGCAACUGGAAGAGAAGAAAUUGAAUCUCCUGUCCCUGGACGGCGGAGGCAUCCGCGGCCUCUCCUCCCUUUAUGUGCUCAAGAAUAUGAUGGAAGCAAUCGAUCAGCAGCGUCCACCAAAACCAUGCGAAGUCUUUGAUAUCAUCGGCGGAGUUGGAUCAGGAGGGUUAAUCGCUAUUAUGCUUGGUCGUCUCAGAAUGGACGUGGACCAAUGCAUCAGUGCAUAUGAGCAUUUAUUGCAGUGCUCUUUCACGCAGAGGUCACUGCACUUGCGCCAUGGCAAGUCCGAAUCCCAGAGAUCAUUGCACUUGGGCCAUCCCAAGUUCGAUCCCAAGAUAUGCGCAUCGACGCUCAGAAGCAUCGUCGCGCAAUCGGGUUAUGAGGAGAAUACGUUAUUCAGAGAGUCAGAGCCCUCGUGCAGAGUUGUUAUCUACCUCACCGAUUGGAAGACCCAGAAAAGCUUCCCCCUGACCUCUUACGAAAGCAAACACUGUCCGUCUGAGCUAUCAAUGACUGCGACAAUGGUUGAAGCAGGACAAGCUUGUCUAGCGUCCCUUGCUGGCUACGAACCUAUCACCAUGGGCCCUGACAAAAAGAAGUACUGCGAUAGCAGUCGGAAUAUAAUCAAUCCCGUGCGUCAGGUGUGGGCCGAGGCAAAUGGCUUAUGGCCGGGGGUACUGGCAAGUCAACUGGGCUGCAUUGUGUCCAUUGGCGCGGGCAGCGCUUCCAUCAAGGGCAAGGGUAUGCAUGAGGUGAUGGGGCUCGAGCGUAUGCUGUCGCAGCUUGAUGUUCAUGAUCCCGAAAAGGUGGCGAAUGUGUUCCUCCAGACGCAUACGGAGCUGGAUGAUGCGGGUCGGUUGUACAGGUUCAAUGUCCCUGAUGGAUUAGGGGAUAUCAAGGUCGAUGAGAUAAAACAGAUGGAAUUGAUUAUGGAGGCUACGGAUGAUCACUUGACCACUGAGCUGGUUCGCAAGCAAAUGAGGAGAUGUGUGAGUGCAUUGCGUGUGUUAACGGGGAGUUAG